AUGCAGGUCUUUCAGGCUUUGUGGGAGGAUAUUGAAGAGUUGUGGGCCUUUGAAGCCCAAGCAGUUGCAGUAUCUGGUUCUGCUUUUGCAAAGUCGAGGUGUAUCACGUCCAUAUUUGAGUUGUUGAGCAGUGGCUUUCAAGUCCAAUUAUUUGGACAAGCAAACUUGUUAAUUGAAAGAGGUGCAAAUUUGGAAGAAGUUAAUGAUGAAGGUUAUACACCACUAAUGGAAGCUGCACGAGAGGGCCAUGAAGAAAUGGUAGCACUUUUACUUGCUCAUGGUGCUGACAUCAAUGCCCAAACUGAAGAAACACAAGAGACAGCUUUAACUCUGGCCUGUUGUGGUGGAUUUCUUGAGGUGGCUGACUUUCUUAUCAAAGCUGGUGCUGACAUAGAACUUGGAUGUAGCACUCCUCUUAUGGAGGCAGCUCAAGAAGGGCAUCUGGAUUUAGUUAGUUAUCUUUUAGGUAAUGAUGCAAAUGUUCAUGCUCAGACUGCAACAGGCGAUACAGCACUGACGUAUGCUUGUGAGAAUGGACACACGGAUGUUGCAGAGAUCCUCCUUCGUGCUAAUGCAAAACUGGAACAUGAAUCUGAAGGAGGAAGAACACCUUUAAUGAAAGCUGCCAGAGCAGGACAUCAAUGCACUGUCCAAUUUUUAAUAAAUAAAGGGGCCAAUGUUAACCGUCAGACCUCAACAAAUGAUCACACAGUGCUUUCUUUAGCCUGUGCGGGAGGCCACCUUGAAGUUGUUGAACUGUUAUUAAAUAGCGGUGCUAACCUCACACACAGGUUGAAGGAUGGCUCGACCAUGAUAAUAGAAGCUGCCAAAGGAGGCCACACUGCAGUAGUAAGCCUGCUAUUGGAGUUUCCAAAUAGGUUUAUGCAUUCUGCUCCUGAAUACUCUCAACCAACUCAUCAAGAUGUCAAUCUUAACACUGAGCAUAGAGUCCCUGUACAUGGCUUGGGAAAUAUUGUUCCUCCAAAUGAUCCAGAUUCCGGUGCAAUGAAUGCUAAUGGUUAUGUUCCAAGUUUACCAGGUCAUAUUAUUCACAAGUAAAAGUGAUAUUCGUGUAUCCUGAAAUUAAAACUUAGGAUGUGUUCACGUGUGUGCGUGAGUGAGAGAGAGAGAGAGAUGGUACGACCACACUUGGAAUUUGCAUCAUCAGUUUGGAACCCCUAUCUUGCUCAGAACAUUGACCUCCUGGAAUCUGUCCAGAAACGUGCAACCA